UCUGUGUGCGAUAUCUACUUGUGAUAUCUUCCCGAUGACGUCACUGUACUUGAGUCCAAAUGCGGGACACCUGCUCGACCUCUUGUUCGACUCUUCCAAAAAGGUGAACAGAGAGGCUGAGCUGCAGUUAUGCAACAGGAGCUUACCCCAAUCUUUUUUCACAGAACCAGGCAGCACACAGUCAUGUGAAAACCAGUUCAACAACGAAAACAACCAGCCAUUAAGCGGUGGUACCAAUCCCGCGAGGCUACUUCAACCUGUCCGACCAGACGGUUGCGCUGGCUUGUUAGGAUCGAAAUUCAUUCACAGCAAGUCCAAAUCUUCGCCCUCAGUGAACCAAUUGAUAGUUUCGGGUCAUGGCCGCGCAGCCAGUGUUCAACAACUGGACCACAGUCCAAACAGACGGGUAGUCACAGGAGUGCAACUGAGUCCAAACUACAACAAUAACAACAACAACGUGGAAGGCUUUUCUCCCUGCGGAGAUGGUGCGCUCAGUUCUGAACACGUAGCCCAUCUGGAGUCCCUGAAAAAUGACAAGAACUUCAUUGCGACGGUGCAUCAGCUGGCGGAGCAGUUGGAGCUGCCGGAAGGAUGGGCUAUGCAGUUCACGCAGGCUAAAGAGAGCUACUUUGUAGACCACGUGAACAAGAGCACCACCUGGAUAGACCCUCGCAUAGCAAUUGCGGAAGCUCAGCUGCUGAAUGGAGAGGCGAAGCAGCUGAAGAUUAGGUCUCAGAUAUCACAAAUCAUACGGAGGAAGCAGCAGCUGCAGAGUCAUUAUUUUAAUCUCGAUAAACAGGAAUCGUACUUGAGGAAAGCUUUAGAGGACGACUUAGCAUGUCUGAGUCUCUCACCCCCCUCGCAGAUGACUAACACCUCCCCCUCCCCCUCGACCAACAGACUGGGCGUGGGUGGUAGUGUUGGUCGUGCUACGAUAUCUUCUGGACCCCAAGUAGUGCACCAUAGACAAAGCAAUAGCUGCAGUUCUCUGCUGGACCAGAGUAGUAAUGUUGUUGUUGUGGGCAAUCAUCAGAAUGUGUUCACUCCGCCACCCGCACAAAGUCAAUUGGCAUCCACCACUAUUUCACAUGAUACAACUGCCAAUGAAUUGAUGCAACACUUGGUUGGAGUGGGAGCCGGCGACAUCUCCGGCAGUCCGAAUCAUCUGCCCCAAAUGGGGGGUUUGAGUUCGGCAGCCAGCAGUGGUUGCAUGAAUGGAUUGCAACAGCAGCACAAAGCAGCGGCCAUUAAUGCAAGACACUACAGACAGUCCAGUGCGGAUAGCGGAGUUUGGACUGGACCAGCUGGCACCCCUAACACGAGUAGUCUUGCCAAUGGAAUCGAUGUACAGAGACGUAUGUCUUGUCUGUCUCAUGGAGGCUCAUAUGACACUAACAGUAGCAGCUGUGUUUCAUCACCAGGCGAGAACACCCUAAGUGUCAUGAAUACCCACCAACAACACCACCUUCCUUCUACAAACAACAACUCCCUCUCAGUAUCAUCACAGAGUCAGCCUCCAGUUUUGCACAACGUCACUUCCGAUUCGCAUUUGAACCAGAAUAACAAUUCGCACAUGCAGAUGAGAAAUUCGAUCAGCGCUCAGUCACUCAAUGAAGAAAAUUAUGGUUAUAUCCAGUCAAGAUCUGGUCGUGGCGGUCUCGAAGCUCCGCAGCGAGAAAAUAACCAAAGCUCAGUCAUCGUAUCGAUGGAGUACAUCCAACAACAACAUCAGCAACAACAGAUGUUAGAACGAACAAUACAGCCUUAUGGAGUGAACCAACUUCAGCCUUCGAAUCAAACAGAAAAUUCCAAACAUGCAAACGAGCAAGUGGAUAGCUCAUGUCCAUCUAUUGGAGGGUGUCUAAUCGAGUCACUUGUCGUCUCUGGAGAGUCAGCAAUGGAAGGUAUGAACAGCAGUGUGGAUUGCAACAGCUUUAAUAAUAAUCUAACAAUGAUUUCAUCUAUGGACACAGACGAAGACGAGUUCCUUCACAAACUGAUAGAUGAUUACAGCAUUUAUGGAACCCAAGCAACAAUAUCAAACAAUCAAAGCGGAAUCAACCAGUCCAAUGAAGAUAGUGGGAAUGUAAGCGGAGGAAGUAAUGGUCUUCAACUGGGUGUCCACGAUAUGGCCUCGAUGGAUGCCAUGAGCAUCAUGAACGAAGGGGGAGGACUUCCUAUAUUCCAUUAGACUGCUGCUCCAAAAGACAGUGCUGCUUGUACUAUACCGGUGCUCAUUGGCUGCUACGAUUAUGAAUAAAUUAAGUUACCGGCUGUCAACCUCCUGAUUUAUUUAUGCUGCAUGAAUUAUAAGUUAAAUGCCGGUAUUAGAAGUUCUCAUUUUUCCGUUUCAGCCUUGGCUGUGGAGUUCCAUAAAACUGGAUGAUAUGAAAAGACGGUUACAUUAAUUAUUGUUCGGUUCAAACGUUGAGUCAUUCCAUCGUCAUUUAUAGUAUUCGAAAAUCAGACAUACAGUUUCUAAAGAUAAAAUCUAGAUGUUGAAGUGGAUAUUGUUGAUUGUCAGUGUACCGAUUAGCAUGUGUGUUUGUUAGAAAUAAAUGUUGGACUUAACAGAGCGGAUAAUUGGACGGAAGAACAGUUGGCAUAAAGGCUCACUGAAUUCCCAAACUAUUUGUUUUACUAAAUCAAUUGAACACUUGUCUAAAUUGAUCAACUUUUCCUUAAUUGUUUUCAUCUUCAAAAUGGCAAUUAAAGGCAUACAAUUUCUUAAACCAUUUUGAAAAAUGAAAUUAAUGCAUUUUUUUAAUUAAAAGCUGGACAUUCUAAUCGACACACAUGGUAAUACUCCAUCUCGGAGUUGAGCUGAAACUAAAACUAUUCGUGAAGUUUUAGAACCAUUUCUUUCUUUAAUUUCAAAAAAGCUCGCGAAAAAACAGUUCAGUUCAGAUUGCUAAAUGUGAAGUAUAUAGCACCAUUUCUGGCGUAAAUUUCUAAAAACCAGCAAAAAAAACUGUUGAGUUCAGUAAAGAUUUUUGAACUUUAGCUUCUUCUGCUCACAUUCAUUGUGUUCGAUUUGUGUCGUCUGCCUCUGUGAGGCAAGGUCGCUAAAUUAGGUUAAUUUUUUUAAAUAAUACUGUAGUGUUAUGUCCUCGCUUUAUACAUAGCCUUCCAUUUACCAGAUAAAUAUGCUUCUGUAUAUGUAGCGUUUCUUUUCAUGUUGAUAACCAUGUUAUUUAGUGCCACUUAGUGAUUUCUGUCGGUCAGUAAAAAAACCUGGUUUCGUCUUUCUCGCUUGCACUCAUGUAUUUGAAACAUAUGAAAGUGGUAUCGGCAAAUA